AUGACAUCACGAUUUAGUGGAGCAUUACAAAUUACAAAUUUAGAUGAUUUCAUUACACCUUCUCAGGUAUUUUCAUUUUUUUUUUUUUUUUUAUUUGAAUAAUAAUAAAUUGUACAAAGCUUUUUCUUAUAGGAGUGUAUCAAACCUAUAGAAAUCCAAAAGUCGAAAAGUAAAACUGGUGCAAAAAUAAAGAUUGAAGAAGAUGGAACACCUUUUACAUUAAAUGAAGUAUUAUACAUGUAUAUAAGUUUUUAAACUAAAAUCAUAAAUAAUUUUAUACCUUAUUUUUUAUAUGUUCAUUAGGCUGGUCAAGCAGAAAAAUUACAAAAAGUUGAAAUCACACUUGCUGAUUGUUUAGCCUGUAGUGGUUGUAUUACAUCUGCAGAGACUGUGUUAGUUACCCAGCAAAGUCAAGAAGAAUUAAUGCGAGUAUUUAGAGAAAAGAUUUCUCAGUAUGAGAGUAAAAAUGGUGUAUAUUCAACAUUUAUUGCAGUUAGUCUUUCAGUGCAAGCAGUACUAUCCAUAGCAGAACGUUAUAGUCUUGAUCCAGAACGAGCACUAAAUAAACUUGCUGGAUACUUUUAUCAACUAGGAGCAGAUAUAGUUUUAGACAUGACUGUCGCUGAUGAUUUUGCUCUUUUAGAGUCUGCUAAAGAAUUUAUAGAACGUUACAAAGCAGCUAAAGGGGGUGCAAUAAAUCAAUUACCCAUGUUGUCUUCUUCUUGUCCAGGUUGGGUGUGCUAUGCUGAAAAGACACAUGGUAAUUUUAUACUUCCAUAUAUAAGUGUUACAAAAUCUCCACAACAAAUUAUGGGAUCAUUAGUUAAAUAUCAUUUAGCUGAAACUAUGGGCCUUUUACCAGAACAAGUUUAUCAUGUUACUGUUAUGCCUUGUUAUGAUAAAAAAUUGGAAGCAUCUAGGGAAGAUUUUUAUAAUUAUGAAAGAAAAUCUAGAGAUGUUGAUUGUGUUAUAACUCCAAUUGAAUUAGAACAAAUGUUUAAUGAACACAACGUGUCAUUAAAUGAAAUACAUGAAAAAGAAGUUGGAAAAUUAGUUGAAUUACAAAUGAAAGAUUUUAAAAAUAAUUUAUGUGGUCAUAGUGGUUCAGGAUCUGGGGGUUAUGCUGAAUUUAUCCUUCGUUUUGCUGCAAGACAUUUGUUUGAUGAAACAGAUGUAACAGUUGAAUUUAAAAAUCUCAGAAAUCCUGAUUUCCAAGAAGCAAUCUUUCAAAAAGAUAAUCAGACAUUAUUGACAUUUGCAAUUGCUAAUGGAUUUAGAAAUAUACAAAAUCUAGUACAAAAAUUGAAACGUGGAAAAUGCCCAUACGAUUAUGUUGAAAUCAUGGCGUGUCCUUCUGGAUGUCUUAAUGGGGGUGCACAAAUUAGACCUCUGAAUAAUAUUCAACCACGUGAAUUGGCGUUAAAGCUAGAAUCUAUGUAUCAGGAACUUCCUCAGAGCAAUCCUGAACAAAAUUCACUAGUGCAAAAUUUGUAUAAAAAUUGGUUAGGAGGAGAAUAUACAGAUAAAGCUUUAGCAUAUUUUCAUACACAGUAUCAUGAAAUAAAGAAAAUAAAUACAGCUCUUGCCAUAAAGUGGUAAUUAUACUAUGGUAAUUAUAAUUUAGUAUUAUAAAAAAAUUUUUUGUUUUAAUUAAACGUAUUUAAUUAAAUAUAGAUGUAAUAAUAAAAUAUUUGUUAUUUAAACAACAAAUUUAUUAAAUAUAGCUAUUUCACAAGAUUGAAACAUACAGUAUAAUGAAUAAAAACUAUAUCUUAUUACAAAAUAAUAAUUAUAUAACUAAGUUUUUAAAUAUGUUGUUAAAAUGUACAGUAAAUAUAAAAAGUUACAUACACAGUAUACCAAUUAAUUUUUAUCAUAUAUUGCAAUAUAUAUAUUGAAAGUAUAAAAGAUUGUCUUUUAUAGUUGUUCACAUUGUUCAAUUGAAUAAGCUAGUAUGACUAGUAACAGAUAUUAAGAAAAAAUAAAAUUUUUCAGGAAAAUAUACUAG